AUGUUGCACCGUACAACCGGCAGCGUCAAAUAUUUGGGUCGGAUGGUGGAUUUGGAUCGCCCGCGCGACGUUGAAAUCAACAAUCGCAUUCACAAUGAGAUGGCAUGUUUCAUGAAAUGCCGCGCAGAGCUAAUUGGCCGGCAGUAUUCCACGCAUUCACGUCUCAGGCUGUUUGAUUCGACAGUGACCACCACGAUGUUGCACGUUGCUGCCGCAUGGGUGCUCACGCGCGAGCUUGAGGACAAUAUCCGGCGAACGCAGAGGCGAUUGCUACGGAUGAUCGCCCUCGUAUCGAGACGCAGAGCGCGGGGCCAACCAUUCCACUUCGACGUCUUCUUCAUCCAACUCUUCGUUUUCAUCGGGCUCCUCUUCUUCUUCAGUGGACAUCUGAGAACCAUGGGAAGAUUGCAUUGUUCGUGCGACGCAUUGACGCUUCUUAUGCGAAACAAAAGCUUUCUGACUUGGGACUUCGGAGUUGGGUGGUUGAACAUCGCCAAGCCGCCGCAUCAGUGUCAAAACGUAGGGGCACGUAAGGAGCAGUGA